AUGGGUAAUAAUUGCUGUUCUACUUCAAUUCCAGCUACUUAAACUGAGGAAGAGAUAGUCUCCUCAAAUUAACAAGAGAGCAUCACGAAAUCAUUGGGAGACUCAUUGCAAAUAGCUAACUUUAAAGAAUUGAUAUAAGAUCAUUGCCAAUUAUACACAUACCAGGAUGGAGACAUUUUAUUAUCUUCUCGUCCAAUUUCCCCUCGCUAAUAACAUGUCAUUAUAUACUUAGAACCAAAAAUUGUCAAAGAAGAAGAAAUUAAAUUUUAGUAAGAAGGCAUGAAAGGAAUACUAAGUGCAAGAACUUAUGACCAAUACCCUGAGUCAUCAUGUAGUUCUAUAAAUGGUAAAGAAAAACAUUAAAAAAAAGUGCAAUUUAGAGAAUGAUAAAAUCAAGUUGUGAUA